CGGACGUAUUCGCGGUUCGCAACAAACUUUAGCGAAGAAGAACAUCGCGUACUUUCGCGUCGUGAUAUUUCCUCGGUGACUGCCUGUCUCUUGUGGAAGGGAAGUGCGCGCUCAAGUGUCGCUUGGAUUCAAUUUCAACAUAAAGUCGGGGCUUUGCUGCUUGCGUCGCGUCGUGGGUGUCGCAAAACAUUUAACAGUCAGUGUUCUGGAUAAAGCAUGCAACAAUAUAUUGAAAGUUCGGCAACGCAUCCGCUGCAAAGUCAACGAUUGGCCCAGCGCCUGCAGUUAUGCAAUGGGAGUGCUGCCACAUAUUGCCAAUCGGCCCAGAGGCGGAUCAACAAAUUGAUAUGCAUAAAUAUUUGAGCAUAGCAGAGAAUCGAAAGUGAAGGAAAGUCUGAAGAAAGACGAUAACAAAACGCAUAGAAGAGAGCCAAAAGAAAGUUAGUUACCGUGGGAGAAGAGCAAAUUACUCGACUAAAAAAAAGGGAAGAGAAAUAGAAAAACGACAAACGAGAGCAGACACAGAGGCAUAACAAAAUGAAAAUUAAAAUAUUUCCGUUGACAGCGGAAGCAGCAAUGCUGCGACAGCAACAGCAACGGCAAUGUCGGAAAAUGAAAUCGCAGCGGAAGCAUAAAAUGCCGGAAAUAUCCGCAAGGCUAAUUGUUGCCGCCAUCGCCUCGGCCAUUUGCCUCUCACUUAUCCUGUCCGUGUGCAUGCCGGUGGUGCCGGUCCAGGCCCAAGAGCACGAUAUGAUGCACGACCAUGACCACAAUCUGGAUGAUGAUGAUGAUGAUGUGGAUAUGCACCACCAUCUGGAUAUGAUGCAUCAUCAGCAGCAUCAGGAUUUUAUAAUUGGCGAGUCCGAGGAACGCGAUCACAUAGCACAUCAUUUGGCGGAAAUGCAAAAUAAGGAUGAGCUACUUGAAGACAUACGCGAGGAUACGGUCGUCAAUGCGAUACCAGAGAAAGAUCUUCCCAAGUUUGGUGAACUCUUGCAGAAUGUCACAGUUCCUGUGAGUCGGGAGGCGGUGCUUCAAUGCGUUGUCGACAAUUUGCAGACCUAUAAGAUUGCGUGGCUACGUGUCGAUACACAGACCAUUUUAACGAUACAAAAUCACGUCAUAACCAAAAAUCAUCGAAUGAGCAUAACUCAUGCGGAGAAACGUGCCUGGAUAUUGCGUAUACGUGAUGUUAAGGAAUCCGACAAAGGAUGGUACAUGUGCCAAAUAAAUACGGAUCCCAUGAAGAGUCAAGUCGGUUAUCUCGAUGUUGUGGUUCCGCCUGAUAUACUGGACUAUCCGACCAGCACCGAUAUGGUCAUACGUGAGGGCUCCAAUGUGACCCUUAAAUGUGCGGCCACAGGAUCGCCCACACCGACGAUAACAUGGCGACGUGAAGGUGGAGAAUUGAUACCGCUUCCCAAUGGAGCAGAAGCUAUUGCCUACAAUGGAUCCUUUUUGACCAUUGCCAAGGUGAAUCGCUUGAAUAUGGGCGCCUAUCUCUGCAUUGCCUCCAAUGGCAUACCGCCAACAGUCAGCAAGCGUGUGAUGCUCAUUGUGCACUUUCCUCCCAUGAUUUGGAUACAAAAUCAAUUAGUUGGCGCGGCGCUUACACAAAAUAUAACAUUGGAAUGCCAGUCGGAGGCAUAUCCCAAGUCGAUCAACUAUUGGAUGAAGAAUGAUACGAUUAUAGUGCCAGGUGAACGCUUUGUGCCAGAAACCUUUGAAUCGGGCUACAAAAUCACAAUGCGACUGACCAUCUACGAAGUGGACAUACAGGACUUUGGGGCAUAUCGUUGUGUGGCCAAAAACUCUCUGGGCGACACAGAUGGUGCGAUCAAACUAUAUCACAUUCCGCAAACCACAACAAUGACGACCAUGGCGCCUACAGCUGCGAUCAACACGGUUCCCGUGGUGCUCGUCAAGUACAAUAAAGAACAACGUUAUAGCAGCAAUAGCAAUCAGAAUUCAAAUAAUAAUCCCUACAACUAUAAUCCCGGGAAUAAUCAGCAAAAGCAGCAACGAAAUAAGCAGCCCAAGGGCGGCAUGGAUCAGUCAUCAUCGGCGCAGAACAAUGUCUAUGUGGGUGGCGUAUUGACUAUGUUUAAUUCGCAGGAUCAUCAGACAUCCUCCUCGUCCAUUGCCACAAGGCAGGGCGGUGGCAGGGAUCAGCUGCAGCAACAACAACAGCAGCAACAGCAACAAUACCAUGCACCCGAUCAUGGUGGCAACUACAGAGCGGAGGGCAAGAGUCCGCAUCUUAUCAAGCAUGAUGCCAAGUCCCUAACAGAUGAUUUGGAUCGAAUGCAGGACCUCAAGAGCGGUACUCAGCCCUUACUGCAUGUUCUAGCCCUCCCCGUAGUCCUCUUCCUGGCGUAUCUAUCUACGUGGCAUGGAUAAUUCAUCGGCAGAACUACUGUUCGAGUAUUUCUGAAUAUUUGUACAAA